AUGCCCUCGGCGUCGUGGGUCUACGAGACCCAGGUUGAGUACCAUGUCGCCUCGACCAGCCUCUUACCCCCACCAUCGCCGGCUGCGUUCAAGAAGAAGCGUGCCUCGGAAAUAGACAUUCCGCCUCCCCUCCCUCCUCCGCGCCCGCUAUUCGGGGGCUCGCCCCUACCCUCGCCGAACUCUCCGACGGCGUUCUCCCCUCCACCGUUCAAGUCGCGGGCUGCGCGCGCGUCCACCGGCUCGGCAUCCAUCGACCGGUCAUUGAAGCUCCCAGAUUCGCGGUCGUAUGGAAAACUCCCGGGAUGGCGCGGCCCGGCCUCCGUUGCAGGCCCGGAGCGAGGCCUGCCGGCACGCUGGUCCAAAGGCUCCUUGUCCGUCAAGUUGGCGGGCGAGGGCGGUUCCGGCGGGGGCGAGUUGCGGGUGUUGCGCUCGGCAACUCGCAAAGCCGUGUUCAGCGUUGGGUUGCCAGGCCCCACCGACUCUGGAGUAUGGAGCAUCUGCGACAUACAGCACAUUCACCCCUCCAUCUCGGCGCGGGCACAUGGAAUCUCGCUCCGACUCACUGGGUGCCGCGUCCUCGACGAGCCGCCACCAGCAAGCUCGAUGCCGGGCGAGCUCUGCCGCCCAAUCGCACAUCAAGAGUCGGCGAGCAGCGCGAGCAGCCAGAGCGCGAUGAGCCCCCCCAAGAGCUUCAUGUCGGUCCCCUUCGGGCGGAAACGACAGCCGAGCGAGAGCUCCCGGCUCUUUGGUAUGAUCCCGAUGCCUACACGAGCGAGGAGCAAGACAAUAUCAGCGUCAGACGUCGGACCACCCAUUUCCUCAGUCCAGACACCACCGCCCUUCAACUCGCCUCUCCCACUGGCGCCGCUGACACCAUCAACGCAGCUCUUCAAGCCGCAGGAGGCGGGGGAGCAGGAGCUCCUACUCUUCCUUGCCUUCUCGAGCCAAAGAGCCAAGGACGAGUGGUAUGCGAUUCUGCGUUCACUCGCCCGCAUUCCCCUCGAUGACGGGCGUAUGACGCGUACACAUCGCCGCCUCCGUCUCGCCGUGUUGGAUAUCCAGGAGGCGCAGGCUCACCACAUGCCCAUGCCUGAUCUGGAUGGGAGUUCGUCGCAGCAGGAUGGGAGCGUGACGAGCGAGAGCCGGCCGGCCAAGUCACCCGGAAAACGACGAGAGCUCGAGAUCAAGCGGGCACACGCCAAACCUGGUUGGUCUUGGAAGGACCAAAUCCGGGCGGAACUGCUUCUGGAUGAUCGCCUCGUAGCACGCACUGGCUGGACCAAGGCUGCUGAGGGUGGCGCCACACCCUUCUGGGGCGAGCAGUUCAACCUCUCAGAGGUACCACAUUUCUCAACGUGCACGUUGCUCCUGUUGCGGCAGAAGAAGGACAAGGUCUCGGUCCUCUUCGGCAAGGUUGAUCUUCCGCUCGUCUCCUCGUUCACCAAGGCGGACGAUGAGAGAUACCCUGUACGCUCGGUCGCUGGGAACAUUAUCGGCGAGAUCCGCCUAACAGUCUCGUAUCAAGAGGUCAAUGUGGUACCGUUGGCUGAGUACAACUCUCUUGUGGGCACGAUGAACAGGUCUCUAACUGACAAGCAGCUUGCACAUUCGGGCAACGCGUCCAAGUUUCUUUAUGUCAUGUCUGGCCGUGGUCAGAUGGAGGGCACUAUGGAGUACCUCUGCCGCAUCGCCCUAUGCGAGGGUACCCUCAUGGAGAGGGUGCGAGAUACCGCGACGAUCGAAGCGAGAUCAGCAGGCACGACCCUGUUCCGCAGCACGACGCCGCUCUCCAAGACGCUCGAAGUCCUCAUGCGUAUGAUGUGCUCUGAAUUCCUCGAGGCAUCACUUGGCCCCACAAUCAAACGCGUCAUUCGCGAGGGCAUCGAGCCCCGCCUCUUCCAGCCAAACUACUCGGACGAGAGCGAGCCGGUCCUCAACUUCCGCGUGCUGGGAGUCUUGACCGAGCUUAUCCAAACCUGCUGGGCCAACAUGUACGACAACCGCCAUCUGUUCCCGAAUUUCAUCCGGAAUAUCCUCGCCCACCUCUUCCGGAUGGUCAAGGAGUUCCACGACGACGGCGACGACCUCCUCCGUUACAAGGCGGUAUCGUCGUUUGUGUUUUUGCGCCUGAUUGGCCCGGCCCUGAUGAGCCCACACCUAUUCGGGCUCGCCAACUCUGUCCUCGGCCCUGCACAGCAGCGCACGUUGACCCUCAUCGCGAAAGUUUUGCACACGCUCGCGUUCUUCUCGGACAAGGACCUUGUGCGGCAUUCAGACCUCGCACUGUUCAAGGUCUUUAUCCAGGCUAACAACGACGUCAUGAUCGACUACCUUGUGUCGCUUGCGACCCCGUCAGGCGACAAUAACACGCGCUCAAACGUCUCGACCGACGUCGAGCGCAUGCUCGACGCUCGUCGCAAGUUGGUUCCAGCCUUCCAUGCCGAGGCGAUCCCGCACCUCACCGCAGCCGGCCCGAUCGACCUGAGCGCCGACUGGGCCGUUUGCUGCGAGACGUGGUACGAGAAACGACAACAUCCGGGCGUCAAGCUCACGACGCUCGCCGAGGUCGUCGCCGAGCUCGGAGACAUUGCGGACCUGAUGGACAAGUACGACGAGUUCCUGGACCGGAUCCACGGGCUCUCGUCGCCGCCAGAGCUUAUCGCAUUCGACCUGGGGAUCGACGACGUGCACGUCCUGCCUAACGAUCUCGUUCGUGAGCCGUCGGACGACCUCGACUGGGACUCGCGCCCGUCUCUCAACCUCUCCAUCUCGACCACGCCCAGUUCAGAGGACAGCGCACCUGAACGGGAACGCCCAAGGAGAGGGCACAAGCCCAAUCUCUCCAUCGACACGAAGGUGUGUGUCGUCCGCUGCCCCGCCCAACUGGCUUCAUCCUCGGAUGACGAAUCUCCCACCACCGCGCGGCAACCACGCAUGCCACGUCCCCGUACGCCGGCAUCUCCCGCCCUCCGCCGCUUCGACAUGCCGUCCAUACCUCUCCCCCAUCCUCCACCACUUCCCAGUUCCUCCCUUAGUCCGCGGAAGGACAAGGGCGAGACGCAGCGUUCCGUACGCCGCCGCCGCCCAACCCUCCCAAGCUUCAAGCUCCUCGGUCGCUCCGAACCGCCGCCCCCUGUGCCUCCACUAAUCUGGCAGGCGGGUCUCGGACCCGCCGAUCUCAACCGCAGCUAG